AUGGCCGGACGAGGCGGCGGACCCGCGCGGACCAACGGCGCCGCGGCGGCCAGCAAUAAGAUCUGCCAGUUCAAGCUGGUGCUGCUGGGCGAGUCGGCAGUGGGCAAGUCCAGUCUGGUGCUGCGCUUUGUCAAAGGACAAUUCCACGAGUAUCAGGAGAGCACCAUCGGAGCGGCCUUCCUCACACAGACGGUAUGCUUGGACGACACGACGGUCAAGUUUGAGAUCUGGGACACGGCGGGCCAGGAGCGCUAUCACAGCUUGGCUCCCAUGUACUACAGAGGUGCCCAGGCCGCCAUUGUUGUAUAUGACAUCACCAACACGGACACUUUCACACGUGCAAAGAACUGGGUGAAGGAAUUGCAGCGACAAGCCAGUCCAAACAUAGUUAUCGCUCUGGCAGGGAAUAAAGCCGACCUGGCCAACAAGAGAGCGGUCGAUUUCCAGGAGGCGCAAGCGUACGCAGAUGACAACAGUUUGCUCUUCAUGGAGACAUCGGCCAAGACCGCCAUGAAUGUCAAUGAGAUUUUUAUGGCCAUAGCCAAAAAACUCCCCAAGAACGAGCCGCAGGGAGGAGCAGGCGGCGGCGGACGAUCCCGAGGGGGAGUGGACCUGCAGGAGGCGACGCCCCACGGCCGCGGCGGCCAAUGCUGCGGCGGCGGUGGUGGCAACUAA